AUGUCAGUUAAACAACCAGAUGAGUCAACCAAAUCGCCAUUAAAGACAACUCCCUUGCCAGCAUCAAAUUUCACGUAUCAAAAUUUAUACGAUUUAAAUUUCAUUGAAAAAUCUUAUCUAUCACCAUUGGCACAAAUUUCCUUAAUUGAUUUAAACGCAUUUUUUGCACAAGUUGAACAAGUUAGAUUAGGCGUUCCUGAUCAUUUACCACUAGUAUGUUGUCAGUGGCAUGCCAUAAUAGCUGUAAAUUAUCCCGCUAGAAAAUUUGGUAUAUCUAGAUUAGAUUCAGUUAAAAGCGCCCUUGAAAAAUGUCCAGAUUUAUACGUUGCUCAUGCUGCUGUUUAUAGAAAAGGUGAAACUCAUUGGGCUUAUCAAGAAGGAUAUCCAUCAGUUGCCACUCAUAAAGUUUCAUUAGAUACUUAUCGAAGAGAAAGUAGGAAAAUUUUAAGAAUAUUACAACAACAUAUUGAUUUAGUUGAAAAAUCUAGUGUUGAUGAAAGUUACGUAGAUUUGGGAAGAGAAGUUUAUAAUACGUUAUUUGAUUUGUUUCCAGAAAUACUAAAUCAAGAUGAAGAAGGUAAUGUUAAAUUACCAAAAAUACCAGAUAUUUUACCGAUUAAAUUACAAUGGAAAGGUGUUGUCAUAGAAUCAUUAGAAGAAAUAACACCAGAAGGAGAAUCAUUACCACCUAAAAUACAAGAUUGGGAUGACAUUUGUUGUUUAAUUGGAUCUAUGGUUAUAUUUGAUGUACGAAUGGCAAUUUAUAAAGAAUUAGGAUAUACUACAUCUGCAGGAGUUGCAAGAAAUAAAUUAGUUUCUAAAUUAGCUGGUGGUUUUAAAAAACCUGAUAAUCAAACAAUUAUAAGGAAUUCUUCGAUAUGUAGAUUUCUUUCAAAUUUUGAAUUAACUGAUAUUACUGGUAUGGGAGGUAAAUUAGGAGAUUCGUUAAUUGAUAAAUUAGAUGUACCUGCUGACACAAAUUCAAUUACGUUUACAAGAGAACGAUAUGAUUUAGAAAUGUUAAAAGAUGAAUUAAAAGAUGAUUUAGAAUUAGCUGAAAAAGUAUAUCAUUUAGUUCGAGGAUCGUGGCCAACUGAAUUAUCACAUCAAACUGAAGUUAAAUCAAUGACAAGUACAAAAAAUUUCAAUAUUGAUUACGUUAGAAAUUUAUUUGAUGCUUAUGGAUGGUUAACUGUAUUUGCUGGUGAUUUAUGGAAUCGAUUAAUUGAUUUAGAUAAUGAAAAUAUGGAAUUGUCAUUAGUUAAACAUUCAAAUAAAGAUAAGGGAAAUAUAAGAAGACCAAGAACAUUAACAUUGGGUGUUUUCCCAGUCACUGGUUCAAGACAAACUAGACAAAUGCCAAUAUCAUUCAAUAAAGAUUUAGAAAAGACAAAACAAAUUAUGGUUUCUUGUAGUCAUCAAUUAAUGAGAGAAUAUCUUGAAAAUAAUACAAAUAUAAGUUUAUUAAAUCAACGAAGGACAUCAAAGGAAUUAUUUGAUAUGAAACAAAAUCCACAAUUGGUUAAAAUAUUAUCUAUAAAGAAUAUGUCGUUAACAAUUUCAAAUUUCACCGUGUUGAAUGACAAUGCAUUGAUUGAAGCAUUUGCUAUAAAAUCGAAUUCAAAUAUUAAUGAUGAACUAAUACAAAUAAAUCUACAAAAACGACAGCAAAAAGCAUCUCCAACACCGUCACCAAAAAAGCAAAAACAAUUAUCAGAAGAACAUAAAUUACAUAUUUCCAAAAUGUUUAAAGAAUUUGAAGCAUGUAAAGAAAUUGUACAACAACAAAAGAAACAACCACAGAAAUCUAAAAAACAACCAUCAUCCAAUAACUUCGAUAUAUUUAAAUCAUUAAAAAAGACAAAUUUCCUAGAAGAACUUCAAUCAAUUAAAUAUUGUCAAAAGUGUAAAAUUUCAAUUGAUGAUCCAAUUGAACAUAAUGAUUAUCAUAUAGCUAUAGAUUUAUCUGAUAAAUUAAAUUCAUGA